AUGGCCUCCGCAAUCCCUACUCUCUCAGCAGCUCUCCUCUUCGCUCUCUUCCUCCUCGCGCCGCAACCGCUCUCCGCCAAUCCGCCGGAAUCUUCUCCAUCCCCGUCCCCCCAGCCCCCUCAGGCAUCCAUCUCGGCUUCGCCGUCCGCUCCGUCGCCUUCCCCUGCACGCUACGAUUCUCCGCCGGCGCCUCCGCCGUCAGAUCUAGCCCCUACCCCAACUUCCCCUGCACCAUCCCCGCGAGAAGGGGGCUCCCCGAAGAGAGAAUCGCCUUCGCCUGCUCCUGUCGUCUCCGGCAACGUCAGGCACGAGGGUCAGUCGACCGCCGCUGAUCAGGAGACGAAGGACGAGGGCUCGUCCCGGGGCAUGAGCGGAGGAGGAAAGGCCGGCGUCGCCAUCGGAGUUAUAGCCGCAGUGUGCAUUGUGGUGAUUGGUGCGGUAGUUUAUAGGAAGCGACAGCAGAAUAUCCGCCGCUCGGAGUACGGUUAUGCCCCCAGGAGAGAGGUAGAGUUACUGUAG